CCCGCCGCUAGAUCCGCUGCUGCUGCCUCGGCGGGCCGACCUGCAGGCGGCGGCGGCGGCGGCGGCGGCGGCGGCCGAGGCCGAGGGAAGAUGGCGGACGGCGUGGACCACAUAGACAUCUACGCGGAUGUGGGCGAAGAGUUCAACCAGGAAGCAGAAUAUGGUGGGCAUGAUCAGAUAGAUUUGUACGAUGAUGUCAUCUCUCCAUCUGCAAAUAAUGGCGAUGCCCCAGAAGACCGGGACUACAUGGAUACUCUUCCACCAACUGUUGGUGAUGAUGUGGGAAAAGGUGCAGCGCCAAAUGUUGUCUACACUUACACUGGAAAGAGAAUUGCAUUAUAUAUUGGAAAUCUAACAUGGUGGACAACAGAUGAGGACUUAACUGAAGCAGUUCAUUCUUUGGGAGUAAAUGAUAUUUUGGAGAUAAAAUUUUUUGAAAAUCGGGCAAAUGGACAAUCAAAGGGAUUUGCCCUUGUUGGUGUUGGAUCUGAAGCAUCUUCCAAAAAGUUAAUGGAUCUGUUGCCUAAAAGGGAACUUCAUGGUCAGAAUCCUGUCGUGACUCCAUGCAAUAAGCAAUUCCUGAGUCAGUUUGAGAUGCAGUCGAGGAAAACUACACAAUCAGGACAAAUGUCUGGGGAAGGUAAAGCUGGUCCUCCAGGAGGCAGUUCACGUGCAGCAUUUCCACAAGGUGGUAGAGGACGGGGCCGUUUUCCAGGGGCUGUUCCCGGUGGGGACAGAUUUCCUGGGCCAGCAGGACCAGGAGGGCCACCUCCACCUUUCCCAGGAAAUUUGAUCAAGCAUCUUGUUAAAGGAACUCGGCCUUUGUUCCUGGAAACUAGGAUUCCAUGGCAUAUGGGGCACAGCAUAGAGGAAAUACCCAUUUUUGGCCUAAAAGCUGGACAGACUCCACCCCGUCCACCUUUGGGCCCUCCAGGCCCACCUGGUCCACCAGGUCCUCCACCUCCUGGUCAGGUCCUGCCACCUCCUCUAGCAGGACCUCCCAAUCGAGGAGACCGCCCUCCACCACCAGUUCUUUUUCCUGGACAACCUUUUGGGCAACCUCCGUUGGGUCCACUUCCUCCUGGGCCUCCACCUCCAGUUCCAGGCUACGGCCCUCCUCCUGGUCCACCGCCUCCACAGCAGGGACCACCUCCACCUCCAGGCCCCUUUCCACCUCGACCACCAGGUCCACUCGGGCCUCCCCUCACUCUUGCUCCUCCUCCACAUCUUCCGGGACCACCUCCAGGUGCCCCACCACCAGCUCCACAUGUGAAUCCUGCUUUUUUUCCUCCACCAACUAAUAGUGGCAUGCCAACAUCAGAUAGUCGAGGUCCACCACCAACCGACCCAUAUGGCCGACCUCCACCAUAUGAUAGGGGUGACUAUGGUCCUCCUGGGAGGGAAAUGGAUACUGCAAGAACACCAUUGAGUGAAGCUGAGUUUGAAGAAAUCAUGAAUAGAAAUCGGGCCAUCUCAAGCAGUGCUAUUUCAAGAGCUGUGUCUGAUGCCAGUGCUGGUGAUUAUGGGAGUGCUAUUGAAACAUUGGUAACAGCAAUUUCUUUAAUUAAACAAUCCAAAGUAUCUGCCGAUGAUCGUUGCAAAGUUCUUAUUAGUUCUUUGCAAGAUUGCCUUCAUGGAAUUGAGUCCAAGUCCUAUGGCUCUGGAUCAAGAAGACGUGAACGAUCAAGAGAAAGGGACCAUAGUAGAUCACGGGAAAAGAGUCGGCGUCAUAAAUCUCGGAGUAGAGAUCGCCAUGAUGAUUAUUACAGAGAGAGAAGCAGAGAGCGAGAGAGACACAGGGAUCGGGAUCGGGACCGGGACCGGGAGCGUGACCGAGAGCGAGAAUACCGUCAUCGUUAGAAGUAAAUAUACCUACAUUUUAAGUGGUCCAAGUACUUGUUCUGAUUUAAUCUUCUGGAAACAUCUGAAAACAGGUAAGCCAUCACAGGUAAAAAAUUUUGACCUUUUUUCCCUUGAAUAUUGUAUUCUGUGACUUUUAGAUUUCAGAUUGUUUGUGGUCUUAAAGCAAGAAAAAUAAUCAAGAGGACUCAUUGUGUACUUCUAAAAUUUACAAAUUGGGAUUCUUGUAAUCACAUUCAUUGUUUGCAUGUGAUUUAAAAUAUUUAUAAACACCUGGGGGUUGUCUCAGAUAUGAAUAGUAUGUGCUUGGAUUUUUUAAAAAUGAAGUUUCUAUUCUUUCUCCUUUGAACUAACUUGAUUUGUCCCUGAAACUUUUUAAGAAAAUCUAACACUAUAAUAGGUUAUACUACAAAAAGAUGUUUUCCAGCAUUGACAAGAACUUUUUUCCCUUUAAAAAACUACUUUUUAGAAAAAAAAAAUUCUGGUAUUUGAUUUAUUAUUUUUUUUUAAGGAGUAUUAUUAUCUUUUUAAUUUGCAAAGAAGGUGUGCAGUGGGUUCAGGGUACAUAUCUAAAAACGUUAAAUUGUGCCAAGCCAUACAUCCCAAGUUAGAAAUAACUGGAAAUAAUUUUCUUUGAUGUUUCAUUCAUAAGCCAUAAUCAUUGUCUUUUUUUCUGUAUUUUAAAAAUUUGUGUACAUUUUUUUUCAUAAAGUAGAAUGAGUUGUCUGUUUAUGCUUCAUUUUUCCAUGUAAUUUUAUUUUAUAUUUGUGAACAGUGUUUACUCAUGAAGAGUGGGGAAGGAGCACUGGGAAUCUUUCGCAUGUGACAGGUUCUUCUAUAAACUCCUUUGCUCCAUAUAUUGAUGGCAUAUUUCAAUUAAUUAGGCUUAAAACAAAUCCUCUAUACGGAAAUACUUCAGAACCUUAUUGAAAAUCCUGUCCUAAAAAUUGUUAAUAUUUAAAUUGUAAUUGGCUUUAUUGUGUAUGUAAUUUUAUGACAGCAGUUUUAAACAUCACACACACACACACACACACACACACACACACACACACACACACACACACACGCAGGAACAAAAGGUGUCUAUUUUUUUUUUUUUUUGGUUUUUCAAGACAGGGUUUCUCUGUAGCUUUGCACCUUUCCUGGAACUCACUCUGUAGCCCAGGCCGGCCUCGAACUCACAGAGAUCCACCUGCCUCUGCCUCCCAAGUGCUGGGAUUAAAGGCGUGCGCCACUACCGCCCAGCCUCUGUCUAAUUUUUGUGGAACAUAAGAGUUAUCACUCUUGCUGUUUAAGGGCUUUUUAAGUGAGAAAGCCUAUUUUAAUACUUUGUCUUACAUUUGAAUAUGUCCUUGAAUAUUUAUCAUAACAUUUUUAUUAGUUCUAUGUUGUAUUAAAAUUUUUAAUUCUCAAAACAUUUAUAUACUAGUUUUAAAAUUAUUAAAAUUGGCACUGUUUGAAUAUAAAAAUUGAGCGUUGUAUCAUAAAAUCUAAACUAAAUUUUAAAUGAAGUUUUUUUAUUCCUAGUAAAGAUCCCUUAAGAUGGAUUCUGGCCAGGCUAUUACUUGAAAUGUCUAAUUCUCUGUCAUUUGAUAAGGUACAGGGUCUACAAGCUGUAUUUAUUUAUUUAUUUUAAACUUUACAUUUUACCAACUGUCUUACAGUUACCAAAGAUAUGAUAGAGAAACUUGGAUACAUUUUCAUUAAUUCAGUGUGUCCAUCAAGGGGCCUCUAACCCAAUUCACAUGUAGAGUUAAUUAGUAGCAGUUUUCUUCUGAGUCUUCAUAAAAUGAAUUCAGUAAACCAAGUAUGUUCCUUUUGAAAAGUUCAUUGUUAAUUUUCACAUACUUUGAAUUUAUACUCCAGUCAAGAGUAUACACCUAAAUAUAUCAUGAUUUGAGUUCUAUGUCUUUCAAACAUUUAACUACAAUUUCCUAGUGUGCAGUUGUUGACGUUUUUUGCAAUUAAUGAUGUACCAUACCCCAAAUCCCAUGUUUUGUUUGUACAUUAAUCAGAAUUGAGUUGUAAUAUUGUUGUGUGCCUUCAUCCAAGCAAAAUUUUACAAAAGUCUUUCCAGUAGUGGGUGGGGGGAGAUGUCUUCCUGGAUUAUUGUACCUUUGCUAUAUGCCAAGCAGUAUUUAUUGUGGAAGUAGAUGUAAGAGGGUGGGGGUUGGGAUUAAAUACAUAUAUUUGAGUGCAAACCUAUUUGCAAAUUUUAUUACCUUAUAAGGUCUGUUGACCUCUUUAGAAGUUUUUAAAUAUGAGUCCUUUUGAACUUUCAUGUAAACCUUAAAUGGAAUAAGAAGUGCUUCAACAAUAAAGUAAAUAUCAGUCUUUGUGUAAGUUAAUAAUGUACUACACUGUUGAGUGAUGAUGGUGGGUAAAGGGCAGGCUCUGGAAACUUGAUGUUGGCAGCUGUUAAUGUCUGUCCCAUCCUAAGUUUUUUUUGUGUUUGAACUGUUGGGUAAUGUUAAUUGCAUUCUCAUUUGAAAAAUGUAUUAGUUUUUCUAAUAGCAUUCCAUAUCCAAGUUCAAAAGGUAAUAAUACUUCAAUGAGAAAAACAACAGUUUUGUAAAUUUCAGUGUAAAUGCAUUGUGCUUCGUAUUCUGUAAUUUUUGCCUCUAUUCUCAGACCACUCUGAGCAAAAUAAAAGGUGUAAGGUUGUGUUCUUACCGAAAUAAUGUUACUGUUACAGUUAUAGUGGAGUUCCUUUUUUAGACUGGUCAUCUAACUGCUUGUUUAGAAUAGCCCUGCUCAGGAGUUUGUGUACUGAAGAAUAAUGAAAGGGAAUGUUCUUCCUAGAUGCUUUUUAUUCAGGCUUCUCUUUCUAAUUGAUGAGAUUUACCAUGUUCUCAAAUGAUUACAUUUCUUUACUAAGUACUGUGUUUGGAGUCUGGGUUAAUAAGUAACUGUAAGAGUAUGGCUAUGUGGUUACUUCUGGCAUAAAUGUCAUGAACUUGAGUUUAAUUACUUUAGGAUACUUUGUGUUGCUUAUUAGAUUGUUAAUAGCUUUGUGUUAAUUUGGGUGAAAGCCCAAAGAAAACAUUUCUUUUAUAUUCAAGAUGUUUCAUCUUCUUAGGAGUGUUACGUUGAUUUUUUUUUUUUUUGGUGAAAAUUCUUUUCAUUGCUUGGUGAAUGGUAACUGACUGUUAACAAGAUUUUAAAAUUAUUUCUAAAACUCCUAGGUCAUUUGUUACCUGCCUAGUAUUCCCAGCCCUGUUUUCCCAUAUAUCUCAACUGCUGUGCUUUAUCUUGAUAUGCUGGCUCUUAUUUCUCCUCUGAUUUCUUAUAUUUGUAGUAUUUGAAAAAUCUGUCUGCUACACAGUGUCUUACUUGAAGUGACAAGAGAGGGUAGGAAGUGAUCCCUUGGAUGUAUGUGUAGUGUGUUUUGCUCACUGUGGUUUAAGAAUAUAGUUUUGUUUAUAAAUAAUUGAUGUUUGUCUUGAAGAAAUUGAAUGCUGAUGUGAGUCACCUUGCUCUCACCUUCAUCUCAGUGUGAAAUUCCUACCAUUGUUGAGUUUUUAGAGUGGAUUGUUUUGAAUAAGUAUUUGUUUUAAAUGAAUAUUCAGUAAGAGAAGAGUGCCAUUCAUGUUAUCCAAAUUAAUGUUUUUGCUUUCUGUGGUUAACAAGUUCUAACUUUUGAUAGUAGGUGAAUUCUAAAUAGCAACUUAUUUUGAAAUGUCCCUAUCCUUUGGGUAUCUCUUUUUGACCAAAGCCUAUUUUCUUUCUUUUUCUUUUUUUGUGAUGGAGCUUCUUUCCACCAUGUAGUCAGAUGCAUAGAACACCUAAUUGUGUAUUUUACAGAGUAGUAAAAUGCUUUAGUUGAAAUGGGGUAAGUAUGAUGUUCAGCGAAAAACAGGAAAAUAUAAACUGUUUGGUAGCUAGAAACUUUUUGUGAACAUCUGUAAUAAACAAUUGUUUUUUAUGUACAGUGUUCUAGUCAAUAUAAGGAGAAACUUCAGAUAAGUUUAGAUGCUUCUAUUGCCUACCUCAUCCCCAUUCCUCAUUAAGGAGAAAUUUUCAGAUACAGAAGGUUAAAUCUUACCUAUUUAAAAGUGUUAUCUUUCUCAUUAUGUGAGGAUCCUUUUUAAUUCAGCACAUUAAUACGAAAACCUGUAAGAGCUGGGUGUGGUAGUGCACACCUGUGAACUCAGCACCUUAAGAGACAAUGCAGGCCAGCUUGGUUUACAUGUGGAGUUUCAGGCUAGCCAGGCCUCUAUACUAAGACCCUGUUUCAGAAAUAAAAACAAACAGGCAAUAUAAAGACUUAGAAGAAUCCUAUCAAAUAUUCACUUAAAAGAUAAAAUUUUCCAUGAGUUUCAAAAUACAGAUAAUACCAAGUUUGCAUAUCUAAGUCACACUCAAUUUGAGUUGUUAAGUAAUGGUUUGAUAGUACGUUAUCUCAGAAUGUAGGUCUUUUGCUCUGUAUUGAAACAUACUGCUUGCUUUAGCUUGCAGAUUUUAGAGCUGUAGUUCAUUGUCUUAGUUCAUUUAACAGCUGUUUACAUAGGUUCCUUUUAUAACUGACAGCUAAAGCAAAUAAUUGUGUGCCUUUCACAGUACAGAGUUGAUCAAAUGCUAUUUUGAACAUAUGGGCAUUGAAUGUAUUUGUCACUUCGAACCUUUUUGAUAUAUUUGUUUAUGUAGAUGUCUAUUUAGACAUUUGAGACUAUAAUAUGGAAUUGGAUUAUUGGAAAUGGGUUGUAUUGCCUUCAAAUUUUGCUUCCGUUUGAGAUUGUAAAAUUUGUGUUUAUGUAAAGUGUUUAGAACUAGAAAUAAAAGUUUCUAGACUAUUCCCUAAAUUUUCUGUCUGUAUGGUGAAAUUUUAAGAUUUAUUAAUUAGACCUAUCUAUAAAAUAUAAUGUAGCAAAAGACGAGUUUAUUAGUCCUGCACAACGAUGUGUAUUGUGACCUCACAAACAAGAUUUCCUGUAUAAAAGUAGUAAAGUUUCCUUUAAGGUCAUGGUAAUAUGUACCCUGUGGCUUUUUGAAAGAUUGAUUUUCUUUCUUUUUUUUCCCCCCAACCCCCACGCUGUGACUUUAAAUAAUUUUUCUCUCAGUGAUUCAUCCUUCAUCCUUUACAACACAGCAAAAGUAUUAAGAAAGAUAGCAUUCCUUUUUUUAGUAGGAUUUAUGAAUUUCCCUGCAAUCUUUUUAGUAGCUUAAAACGUGCUUUGUUUUUUUCUAGUGCCUUAUUGUUUUUAAAAUUCACUAGUGCUGAGAGUGUCAUGUUCAGUAAGUCAUAGGCUUUAGCAUGUGUGAAGUCAUGGAUUCAUUCUCAGCAUCAACUCCAGAAAACAAACAAAAUCCUACCAGAAUUGUAACCUGCAAAAUAAAAUGUUGGAAAACAGACAUUUAUAGGUUCUUUUCUGUUAAAUAAUUCCUCUGUGUGAACCGCAUCAACAGAACAGAAAAGUGAAAGUAGAGAAGGUGAUACUAUAAAUAGCUCAGCUGUCCCUUCAACAGUUCCGAUGUCUGGAGAGCAUUUAGAUGAGAAAAACCCUUUCCUCUGUACUUUUAAGAUUGAAGUUUUUAUUAGGAAGUAUGAAUAUGUGUAUGUAUACUGAUACUCUUUAAGAUUCUCCCAAAGAAAAUUGAACACAAAAUUUACAGUUGUCACAAAAUUACUUUAGUUAUAAAGCAAAGGAUCUUUUAAAACUUUUAUGACUGAAUGCCAUUAAACACUGUAUGCUUUUGAAAAAUAUUAAAGUACCCACUUAGUAUUUCUAUUUUAAAUAUUUGAUAUUCAGUAAUCAUUUUUUAAAUUAAUGUUCUGUUUUGGAUUUACAUAUAUAUGUUACAUAUAUAUAUACCUGAGACUAUAGUAUCAAUUUUAUUGAUGGCUUCCCCCUUCCAUCUUUAUGUGAGUUUUCAAUUGAAUUUAUCAUUGUAGAUUCCCAUUAAUUUGUGUUUGGUUAGUUGAUAGAGGUGAAAUAGAAUGAAGGUAAUGUCUCAGAUUUGUAUUAUGUCUAAAGAUUUGUAUGUGGAUGUCACAUUUAAUGUCCAUACUGAGGUGUUAUUUAUGAAUUUUGUAACAUGGAACACCAUUGAUUUAUAACAGAUUGGCAGAAGUUAAUGUAUGCUGUCAAAUACAGUUAAUUUGUAAAUUUCAUUGCAUUUUAUAUUCAGUUCAGCAUUUGUUAUAUGAAUUGAUGUGUGGUUGAAUGAAAAAUAGCUACAUUCAAAUCCAAGCAUUUUCCCAUUUAUUUUGUAGUGUGCAUAUUUUAGAAAAUGAUUUAUGACUGUUCUCAUCAUCACAGAAACAGUAGCUGCUGUAUUUUCAUUUGUUACUGUAAUUUUUUUCUUUUGAAAAUUCACAUACAUUGUACAAAAGAAUGGUCUUCAUAUGGCAAUCACUGAAUAUCAAAGGUAGUAAUAUGUAAGAAGAAUGAAAUGAGAAUUUCUCAUUUUGAAUUUGUGAAUUAGGAGUAUUUCUCCACCAUGCAAGCAGCUACUGUUUGAGUUCCUUUUUAUUUUGUGUUAGAAUACCUAACAGUGAGUAGAUGCACGACUUGUGUAUGUAUAGCUAAGCCAACAUUUUUCUGUGUAUUCUGGGGAAUAGCAAAACCUACAUCACCAAUUUUGACACAUUACAGCUGAAGGAAGAGGAACACCUUCCAAGACAGACAGUCUUCAUGGGAAAGUGACGCUUGUCCAGCAGUUUGCUUCUUGUGAUUGAACUGAACCUGUAAGGAUUCAUGGAUAAACUGAACAGGAAUAGAUCUGAAUAAAGCAAAUCUGCAUAAAUGGUAACCAGUAGCUCUACUUUUAUUUUUUUAUGUUGCUUAACUGUUUUAUUUGAAGGAAACCUGUGUGAUUUAAAAAGUUAAUAGCUUUUGCAACUUUAUUACUGGUUAUAUAUAUUUGGCCAUUAUAAUGUGCAAGCAAUUGGAAAAAAUUCAAGUAAAUGCUUGUUUUUAUAGUAGUUUGUUCUUGUUAAAAAUGUUGAUAUGAUAAUGUCUGUAAACAGCACCACUUUGAUUACAAUAGAUGUAGUGUUGUAAUAAACUGUUGAAUGGGGCUGAUGUGUAAAGCUGUUCAAGUUAUUUGAUGUUUACACCUCAGGGAAAGUCUUGUGUUCAGCAAUAUCUAAAGAUAAUGUUACUAUGACAACAUUUUUACUGUCCUUUAAAAAAGCAUUGCAAUAGGGUGUUUGGAUAUGCAUCAAUCUAAUCUUGCGUUCAGUGAAUUAAACAUAACCAAUUAAGUGUCUCUUGCCCUUGAUUUUGAUAUUAGAAUAGGUGAUUACAUGGAUAUUUAAUAUUUCUAUAUUCUGCUUUUCUAGCUGUUUUUACCUAGUUAGCUUUUGAUUUUGCUGAAUGGUAUGUAAACUUGUAAAAACUGAAAUUUGGCAGAUAGAACAAUCCAGUCAAUGUGUUAGGGGGUCAAAAAAUUUGAGGUUGUAACAUUUUUGGUAAAGACUCAUGUAUUUGCUACAGUAGUGCAGCUUAAUUACACCCCAGAUAUUCUGAAACAAUUAAGUGUGAACUGCUAGCAUUAAGAGAGAUUUUGAUAAUUCUGAUUUGAUACAGUAAUUUACUGUUUCAUGCUGAUGGUGCCAUAGGCAGUGUAAAUACAGCCAUACAGCAGAUAAAUGUGAGUAAAGAAAGCCCUAGUAUUCUACUUGACAGAGAGUCUGAAGGGUCUGAUGUUUAUUAACAUUGGGUUGUGUUCUUCAGUGUGAGUAAUACAUCCUUUAUUCAUGGUUCAAGGAAUUCUAUGUAUAUUUCUGUAACCUUGUUGAUUUAUGCUUGAUUAGAGUUAGUUAACCAGUUGGUUUUUUUUUAAUAAAAAGCCAGCCUUAAUAAAAGGCUGUAUGAAAAGCACCUGGCUAGCAUGUGUUCUGCAAAAUUAGCAGAGGCAGACUGUCAACUUGAUUACCUAUUUUUAUAGGAAGUUUAAAACCUGAAUUACUAAGGAAAUUUGAGAUAAAAUCAAAUUUUAAGCUAAUUUGUUUUAAAUAUAUUUUAAAGAUCUUACUACUUAUGAGAGAUCUGGGGAUAGUAUGCAUUGGCUUUUAAAGUUUGUCUAAAUUUAAGGGCAAUGCUUAAGGUAUUUAUGUACCAUAGAUAGAGAUAAUGUGCAGCUCAAGAUUUGCACUGUUUUUCAGUUUCAUUUUGUCUGCUUUUAAAGUACUUAACAUUUAGUUUGAAAAUACCCUUACCACUGCCAGUUCAUUUAAAAACAUUUUGUGAGCAGAGUAUUUUUGCAAGAGAUCAUUGGUGUUUAUCAGAACUAACUGUUAGCUCUCAGAAAUGAUUUUUCUUAGGUGUUUAAUCUUGUUAAAAUGCAAGUUGCCUUUUAAUUUGAGAGUUGUAUCAAAAUCUAUUUUCUUGUUUUGUGUAUAGGUAUUGUAAGUUUUUGUGAUUUUUUUUUUUGUUAGCUUUUUUUAAUAGUCUAAUUAUAAUGCCCUAAUGUGAAGACAUUUGGACAUACAUAUGUUUACAAGGGAAAUUAGUUAAUAGUAAGAUUAAAAGGUAAGUAAAAUGUCCAUGAGAUAAAUUUUCUCUGAACACUUUUAAAAUGGAAUCACAAAUACAUAUACUUGAAAUGAAACUGGAGAUUUUGUACUAAUUUUAAUCCUUCACUCCCUUUUCUGUUUUUAAUCAGUGGAACCCUUUAAUUGCUCCCUUUAUGUCGCCCUUCUCCUUGCUUGGCUUAUCUCAUUAAGUGACUUUGGUGGCAGGCAGUGUGAGUGUACUCGAGUUGUUUGCUGCUGCAGUCAGUUAUUUUAAGUGUUGUCAGGAAGAAACAAAUAAAAGAACUUCAGUUUGACUUAUUUUGCAAAGUCUCCUACCUAAUAACACAUGAAUGUAUAGCAGUAAAAGUCAAAGUUACAAACAUUUUAUUUGUCAAAGCCCUUGUGUUGUUUAGGAGCCGGUGUUAUUUGAAAACUUGUUUUUAAUGUGUAAAAAACAAUCCAAAGAGAUAAAUCUUUGCAAAGACACCAAAUAAAUAAACAAACAAACAAAUAAAUAAAUAAGCAGAGGAAAGAAAGAGUAGGGGGAGGAGUGCGGGAGUCUUAGAAAUUAGAAUUCCUGUAGUGGUGAUGAAAGGAAGCUUGCCUUUCCCCUGAAUGCUAGCAUUGACCAGUGCUGCGCAGUCACAGUCCUUACCACUGGCAGCACAGGUAGAGAGGCGUGGUGAAGCACCCACAGGGUAGUAUUUCUCCUGGAGCAGCACUUUGAAUUCAUUAUACUGCUUUGAAGUAAAGGAAAUAGGUUUGUAGAAACAAUAUUUCAGUGUCAAUUUACAAGUGUUUGUUUUGUCAGUUUUCAGCAAGAUUUCAAGUAACUUGCCAUAGCUAUUGAUCAUGUAUGUUAGCCCGUUUAAUGGCUCCUUUACCUAGAAUAUUCUUAAGCAAUUAACUACAAUUUGGAAUUCACAAAUAAUGUGUAGCUUAAGAUAUUAUUUUCAUUUGAUUCUCCUAUGGAGAAUGUUGCUUUAGUAAAGUCAGUUCUAAAAAUAAACAUGGAGGUUUUAAUGAGCAUUAUGUAACAUUUUAUGGUGAAGGGGAAUAGUUGAAAAGGGUAAGACUGUUUCCCUGUGUGUUGAAAUGUGCCAAUAACCUAAGUACAUUCUGUUUCAUACAAUGAGAUGCUACUGCAAGGCUCUUCUGUUGGCGUGCUCUGGCAUUUUAGCUGUUACCCAGAUGGUCAUUGCAUUAUGUGUAUCUUACAAGUCCCAGGGUUGGGCUUUAAGCUUCAGCUUAAGUUAUUUUAAGAGGAAGUUUGUUCUGAUUCUUUCCUGAGAGUACAGUGUUGAGAUUCUUGCUAUUGCAUAGAUAAUGAGUUUUCAGUUUAUUCAUGAAGUUCAUUUGCAUCCCAUAGCCCUCUGUAAAUGUUUCCUCCAGUUGUUUGUACUUUCCAAAUGCACGCUUACUCAUUGUACAUAUUAGACAUUUUUUGUGCUAAAGUAUAUUAAGUAGGAGUUUUGUAGCAAAGCCUUCUAUUUUUAUGUUCUUAUAGUGUAUGUGUUAACAUUAAUCUUCAGUUUGAACACUGGUGUAUUUAUUUUUUAGCAACUUGACUCCUGGAAGCCUUAGACUAAUUUUUAAAUAAACAUUCAACCAAAAAUUAAGAAUUUAUUGAGAUGUGGCCUUAUAUAUGGUAUUUCUUGUGUUCAUAAUGUGAUUUUUUUUUUAAAUUUAGAUUUUAUUUAAAUCAAGAUUUAGAAUUAGUUUCAUUUUCAGUCAAAAUAGAAAAUGUAUUAAGCGUCUAGGCUUCUGGGAGGAAGUUCUUAUAUUCUUCUUUCUUGGCAUUAGAAAGAAGCAAUAUGAAUUUAUGAAUAUUCAAAAUAUUCAGGCCAUUGUGUUAUAUUCAGAUUGGUUUAGGUUGGUUUUAACCCAGUGUUUCUUUAAAGUUCCAGGUUGUUGGCAUUCUUUGAGUAUACAGCUACUAUGGUUUUAUAUGGGAUGUAUGAACUCUUGGUUACAUAUAGCCAGAUUUCAGUGUUUUAAAGACUUCCUGUUCCAUUAGUUAUAUUGUAAUGGGAGGCUUUUAAAAUAUUAGGUAAAGUUUAAUUGAAGUCACGCAAAUCUUGAAUGGUAUCUGGAUAGGAAAUACUAUGAGGAGUUUUUCACCUUUAAAACUCCACCAUGGGAGGAAUUACAGUCACUUCAUAAUUGGACAGACUCUUCAUUUUAGUAAAAACAUUUCAUUUCGAAGGUGUAUUUUUUGCCACACUGUUAUACGUAACACUUCUCAGCAUUUCUGUAUGCAAAUUAUUUUAAAAUACAGUGAUAAAUUCAUGUUUGUUUAUUUUUUUUUUUUUUUUACCUUGGAAAUUGUAGUACUCAGGUGGUAUUUAAUGGAAAAUGAUCCUUUGGGGUGAAUCAUAAUGUAUUUUGAGGACUGCCUCUAUAAUAACAUUUAUGACUUUAGCCUUAAAAAGGUCUAUUAUUUCUUCCUUUGCAUCCCAUGGUAUAUUAGCAAAGUAGUUUACAGCCCAGCACAGCCUUACAAAGUUGUUUUACAAUUUUUAAUGGAAAGCCCUUAACAACAACAAAAAAUUGUAUCAUAUUACAACACCCAUGAAAUUAUUGGAUAAUCAUCCUUUGUAAAUAAGCUGUCUAAUAUCAGAAGGCCAAAGAAAGUCUUGAGAUUUUAGCUAUUGACUAUGGUGUGGUGACUUCAUAAGAUUUCUGUGCAAAAGGUAAGGUGAUAUUCCAUCAAGUAGGCAUCCUUUUGAUGUCCAUGAAAACUAGACUUCCAUAUUAGCUUCUUUCAAAAGGCUCAUUCCCAUUUUAUUAAAAUGUUUGUACUUGCAAUUUUGUGUUUAAUGUUUACUUUGUCUUUUCUUUCUUUAGCAUUUAGGUGACUGUUCAGCAGUUUGCUAUAUGGUCAUUGUUGGCCUUAAACUGCACUAGUAACAAGCAUGGUAUUUAUCUUGUAUUGAAAAUAAAAACAAAGUUUUGAUAA